AUGGAUAUUGAAGAUCCUCCAAUCCUCACGGCAGUGUCCAGCUCGGCGCGUCAACUAUACCUGCUCCUCCGCUGCAUCACAUCCUCCACAAAAGCACACGUUCAGAUUAGCGAAGAAGGACUCAAGUUCUCAGUUGACGAGGCUAGCAUCAUGGAAGCAUCCGCCUUCCUCGACAAGUCCCUCUUCACAACCUACAAUUUCAACCCUCCCACGCCACAGCGUAACCCUCAACAGUCCGAUGACAGCGAAGAUGAAGACCUAGACCCUCCCAACACCACACCAACCUUCCAAAUCUCCCUCCCCGCUCUCCUCGAAACACUGCAAAUCUUCGGUCUUACGGACCCGAACACCACGAAACAAUCCUGGCAAACAUCGGCGGCCUUCUCUAAUAACGUCUUGGGCAUGAACAAUCUAUGUCGCAUAUCAUACAACUCACUCGGCGCUCCGCUCUCCAUCAUCCUCACCGAAGCAAGCGUACGCACGCAAUGCGACUUGACAACGUACGAGCCCGAGUAUUCAGAGGAUAUACCAUUUAAUCGACAAGCACUUGCCUUCAAAACAAUAAUGCGGGGAUCAUGGCUGCACGACGCGCUAUCCGAGCUCUCGUCUACGAGUCCGGAGCAGUUGACAAUGUAUGCGAAGACGGUACGCGGGAAACCUUUUUUCGCACUGAGUUCGUCUGGCACGCUCGGCAGCGCGAGAGUCGAGUUCAACAAUCAGCCGCAACCCUCUGCCUUUCGCACGCCUGCUUCGACCAAUUUAGCUGCGGGCGCGGGCACGGGUACAGAUGCAGGCGAGCAGGCUCCCACAAACCUCCUCGAGACGUUUCAACUCUUAGAUCCAGACACCGUGCUUCGAUCUUCGUACAAAUUCAGUCUUAUACAGAAAGCCGCGCGCGCCAUGAGUGUAGCAACCAAGGUCAGCAUACGUGUAGACGACCAAGGUGUGCUUAGUCUGCAAUUCAUGGUCGAGGUUGAGGGAGGUGCAUCGGGCGUGGGUACUAGUAGCGGCGGAGGAAAGGUUUCGUUUAUUGACUUCCGCUUUGUGCCUCUGGUCGAAGACGGCGAUGAAGAGGGAGAAGGUGUCGACGAGACGAUGAUGCAAUAUGGCGAUGGUAGUGAUUCCGGGACUGGCAGAGAGGAUGAGGACAUGUUGUAA